AGAAACCCGCUCAGAAGGCUCCGGUUGCUGUCAUAAGCCUCAACGUCGAAGCCCGCACUCGCGCUGAGUCCAGGUGUGGCUGGCACUGCGCAAGACAGUCGGAUAGCACGUUGAAAGCUGCUUCAGCACGAGAGCGUGUCAAUCCUCCAGCUUUGCGCUGUUUCUGGCUCGACGGUGCUUGACAUUGGACGAGGCUAGCACUCGGUCGGCGUCAGGGAGAGCUUUUGGCAGGCGUGCCUGCAGAAGAGCGAGGCGAAGUUCGUUGGGCUUGAAUGUUGUACAGCGUUCUGCAACUUCUGAUCAGGGAUUGCAUCAGGGAUUUUGUUGGAAAACGUCCAAGUACGGCUCGCCCUGCCUGUCAGUUCUGCAUGGACGGGCGAGCAGUCGCUAGCUCACUCAGUCACUCUGCAUCAACGACAAAGGAACGAGUUGCGAUCAGGAACUGGUCAUUGAUACAUUCUUGCUUCACGCGGCGUUCAGCAACAAAUCUUCUGUGAACAAUGUUCGCCUCGCGACCUAAACCGGGUAAGCACAAUCAGAAACUGACGAAACGAGGCGUGCAAUGCCGCCAUUUCUUCAGAUUCAUCAGAUGCCGUUUCUUCAGACUGGAAGAACGUGAGGCUGCCACCAUCAGAGUGGCCGUGGGAAAAAUCUUUUCUAUAUUGCCGUGCUAGCAUCGCCCAUAACUAUCACAUGCAGCACUAUGUGUCCAGAUGGUCACCGGUGAUAUGCUGCAGGUACGGUUUGAGUACUGGAAAGAGCAACUGCAAAGAAUGUUGGAAGAUCAUGUACCGGUACUAUUACUUCUUCUUCUUACUUAAGAAGACCUCGGUCUAUCGCAGCGAAGUUUGUCUGCACGAUGGGCACUUAAUGCUUCCAGACAAGAGAAACUAUGGAAGACGAGCCCACAGACAAGAAUGUCCUACCUAAUGUUCACUGCCGCACACUUGAUGAAUAUUAGACACACAGCGCAGUAAGAGAGCAAAGUUUAGUAACUUUCGUCGAACUUGGUUAAGUACUUUGACUUGAAGAGAAGGGGAGGCAAAUUAGUUGCCAUAGCUAUCCAAGACUUAACCAUCCAUUCUCCAGUGAUUAAACUUCCAAACUAACUGUAGUCAUACCAUGAGGGAGUUGCGAGAAAGUACCUCUCGACUUCGUCGUAUGAAGCAGAUAACUGUACUGAACACAAAAGUCAAGGCACAGAGUAAGUACGUACAGUAUCCAGCCGGAAGCGAGGUGAGGUAGAAUUAAGCCAUGUUGAAAAGUAUGUCAAUCUGCCAUUCGAGAAAGCGUGGACCUAUGACUAUGUUUAGCAGACACAUUUCUAUGGAGGUACUCGGACCGAAACUGUGAGUGCGCCAUCUAAGACAUGAGCUGUACAUUUGAAGCAACGGUAGUUCCGCGGGAGGAAAUAUUUCUUGAAUGAUGAAGAUCCAUGAUCUGAGCAUUGUGGGAAGCGAUGACUUCAUCAUAUUGCAUUAAACGUGACAAUCGCCCAUACUGUUCUAGUGCAAUUGCCUUGUCAAUUUGUCCCCGCCACUCAUCCGAAGAAAGUCUAAGCGUGGUAUUGCUAUGACGUUCUUUCCUAAAAUUUUCUAUCUUCUUUUUAAAAUCAUUAUUCAUUAUAUCUCUUUCCAGGUCGCCGGACCCUUUCCGAUUCGACUUGCUUUGGCUGAGAAAAAGAACCUGCCGUCCAGAUCCCGACCUCUCGAACUGUUCGUCACGAACGUGUCAAGUCUACAGGAGAUCCUUCGUGCUCAUGUUGCAGUGUGUAGAAUUCACGGGCCCUGUCGGGGAAAAGCUGAAGGCGGUCGGGUUUUGCUAAACCCCGGGCGAGGGUGAUGGCGAGGGCGAAUGGAUUCCAGACGGGACUGCUCGAUGGAUGGACUAUGGACCAUGGGUGAAGGGAGUGAUGGCUCUGACUGACGGCAAGCGGUCGUGGGACUGACUGUUGACGUUCCUCCUUUGCACUGACUCGUGCCACAGUCGGACACGCAGUCCUGUACAUCGGAGGAUCCAAUUUUUCCAAUCCUGUGCGGUAAGAGCAUCCAAAAAAGCUUCCAAUAUGCCUCUCUUUAUGUGAUGAUUUAGAUGAUGAUGACUUCAGUCCCUCAUGAUGGAGGAAACUUGGGCUCUGGUCUCGUUGCUGUCAUACGAAAUGCUUUUCAAGCAAAAGGAGCUGUUCCUUUGCUACAAACAAAUUACUGUGCCUGCCUAUUCUAUCUAUGCCAAUACAAUAUUGUUAAAGUU